UAUUUGUCAACUACCUUGUAAUAGUUAUUCCGUAGGAAACAGACAUACCAGUAUGGCCGAUGCUCCCCCUAGCCCAGCAAUUGCUGCGGACCUUUCGGAUACAUAUGGGAAAGUCCUGGCGACAAUGGAAUGCUUGGAGCAGCUAUUGGCGCAGCGUUUGACUGAUCCUGUGCCUGAGCCCGUACCAGAGCCUGGACCUUUACGAGCAGAACCAGUACACGCCUCGGCACCUGAAGCAACGCCGCAUCACAAACAAACUACUUAUGCUAAGUGUCGCCGCAAUAGCCUUACCUUAACAGUGCCCAGAAGUCCGCUGCUCCUACCUCAGGUCUCAUGUCCAGAAGAUCAAUUGGACGAUGUUUACGCGCUGCUGCCAGCCGCCAACGGAUCCAACAGCACCAAGCUGCCACCGCUGCUGGAACUCUCACCCCUCACAUCCCCCAAAACCGCCACAGCCUUCACCAACGCCAUCAGCAGCCACCACGACUCCCCCAGCUCCCCCCAGCUGCAGCCCGGCAGCAGCAGCAGCUGCCUAGCGCCCCCGACAGCACCCCGCGGCUCCGCUCUGCAGCGCCGCUUCAGCGGCAGUUGCAGUGGCGCCAACCCGGUCCCCAGCUUCCAACGCAAUUCCGCCAACCAAGCCCUGGAGGCAGGCUCUGGCAUCAGUGGCAGCAUCCAAGCCCAGCACAGCAUCGGCUCGUCCCGCAACCGCACCUCUACCAGCGAUCUGGCCGGGGUGCCUAACUCGCCGCCCCUGAUGCACCCGCCCUCGCCUCAGCGACCCGCGGGACCGCCCAACUCGCCGGGUAGCUACCGCGCCCGGCGGAUGAGCGCGUAUGCAGGCGACCGCGCCCUGCAUUGCACCCCGUCCUUCCCCUCCCCGCCCAGCGGCCCCACCUCCCCCGCCUACCACCCCUCCUCCAUCCCCACCUCCGCCUCCUUCACAGCCUCCAACACCGCCGGCGCCAGCAGCAGCAUCUUCUACAACCCAGCCAUCGCCACCCUCGCGCUACAGGAGCCCUCCCCCACCGGCCUCGCCUCGCCCGCCCAGCCCACCACCACUACCACCACCAUCACCAUCAACUCCACCACAACCACCACCUCCGUUUCCGCGCCCAUUAACCCCGCAGCAUGCGAGGCCUUGGGCCCCUUCCCCGCGCUGCCCCGCCUGCAACCGCCCCGGGCCGCAGGCAUGCUGGCACGUUCCUUCCUGCGUCUUGUGGGCGGUAGCCGCGGCGGCGGCGGCAGCGGCAAGAAGCAACCCAUCCGUAGCUCCUCCAUCGACCUGCACGCCACCUCCGGCGGCAGCGCCAGCGGCAGGGAGGCUUUGCUGGCGGCCGCAGCGGCCGUGUCAGCCGCGGCUUCCACCGCCGCGGCGCCGGCAGGACUGUCGUCAGCACCCUCCUCCAACGCAACAGCAGCGGUUGCGGCGGGAGGCUCCGCAGGGCAUGCAGCGCCUCUCUCGCCCUUGCUGCGUUCCCAUGAGGGGGUUCAGCUCGCAUGGGGGGCUGGGCCGGCCCCGGGACAUGUGCUGCCCAGCCCGCCGCAUGCCGGGGGCUCAGCUCUGGUGCCCACGGGUGCAGCGGCGGCAGCGGCGGCGGUAGGA